AUGUCGUAUGUCAUGCUUUCCUUUUGGGUGGACUGGUACGAUCGAAGCCGGCAGUCACUCAAGGUAGUGCUUGACAUGCAACUUAUUGCGGCCAUGGGAGCUCCUGAAGGCGGCCGAGCGUCCAUUUCCUCUCGCUUACUUUCGCGAUUCAACACUAUCGCCUUUCUUGAGCCCCCAUUGCCACGAAUAAAUCGGAUCUACCAAACUCUUGUAGUCCACAAGUUCUCCGACUUCAAAGAGGUGAAAGUUAGUCGGAUAUGUUUGAGCAUUGCAUCAGAUCACUUUAACGCAUCCCACCACAAUUUUUGCGAUUGCGCUGCACGUCUAUGCACACUCCGCACCAUUCAGGACGUGAGGGGCGUCGCAGAGAACAUUGCUGUAUCAACUGUCGCUUUGCACCAAGCAGUCCGGCAGACAUUCAGACCAAAGCCUGGAAAACCGCACUACCUAUUCAGCAUGCGCGACAUGUCAAAAGUGGUGCAAGGUCUAUAUCAAGCUGAUCAUCGGUGCAUUGAGGAUAGGGACGUCUUGUUAAAGUUGUGGUAUCAUGAAUGCCAGCGCGUGUAUCAAGAUCGUUUGGCAUCUACUUUGGAUGUAGAUCGCUUUACAGAGAUAUUGGACAGCAUUCUUGAGAAGAACUUUCAGAUGCGGACAAAGGAGUUGACGAAGGAACGGGGCAUUCUGUUUAGCCACAUGCGGCUAGAGCAGUCGGGCGCCUUGUCACUGGGAGGAUACGAGGAAGUGCAGGAUCGCCAAGCGCUACGAUUGAGUCUACGCCAAAAGCUAAACGAGAUCAAUGCAACCAGCACCACCGGAGCAAUCCACCUUGUCCUUUUUAAAGAGGCAGUCGAACAUUGCUGUCGGAUACACAGAACACUUUGUAUGCCAAGAGGCCACAUGCUGCUGGUUGGUAUUGGAGGUAGUGGAAGAAAAUCGCUGGCUACAUUUGCGACAAAACUACUGAAGCUAAACCUCUGGCGAAUUCGAGUGACGAAGAACUUUACUGUUCGAGACUUUCAAGAAGAGUUAAAGCAACAUAUUGUGAAGGCAGGGAGAGAUGGUAUUCGCUCAAGCCUACUGCUAACGGAUAAAGACCUCAAGACUGACGCAUUCGCAGACUGCCUGAACAGCUUAUUAGGUUCUGGGCAAGUCCCGGGAAUGCUGGAUGCUGAAAGCCUUGGACUGCUGCUUAAGGACCUUCAGCCAGCAGCUGAUGCUGCGAGGGUUUCAAUGCCGCCGGAUGCAAUGCUUGAGUUCUUUCUAGGACGCGUUAGAGAAAAUCUUCGUGUUCUUCUCUGCGUUAGUCCAAUCGGGAGCACCAUGAGGGACUACUGCAGGAUGUUCCCUGCAUUCAUCAACGAAACAACAAUUGACUGGUUCUUCACAUGGCCCCAGGAAGCUCUUGAGGAGGUUGCUGCCACAUUCCUGGAGUCUGCUGAUAUGGAAGCUAGCACUCGAGAAGCAGUUGCGCGUGCCAGUAGCUAUGUUCACAUGGAUGCUGUAAGCGAGGCCGAGGCCUUUCGGAAAGAGGCCAAGAGGACCAGCUUCAUCACGCCUACGAAGUUUCUUCGGCUCGUUCGGGAGAAGAAAGAUCGAGUCCACGAAAAGAUUGAUAAACUGUCAAGUGGUCUGGGCAAGCUAGUAGAGGCUCGUGAGCAGGUAGAGGCAAUGAAUGAAGAACUUGAGGCCAAAAAGGAGGACGUCGCAAGAAAACAGCGAGAGUGCGACGAGCUUAUGGUGGUUAUUGUCGAGAAACGCACUCUAGCAGAUGAACAAAUGAAACAGGUUGAAGCUGACAGCGCCCGUAUCCAGACCGAAGAAAUGGAAACAAAACUUCUUUCAGACGAAGCCAGGCGGGAUCUUGCCAAGGCGAUGCCAGCCCUAGAAGCAGCAAUAGAUGCUCUUGAGAAGCUUGAUAAGAAAUCCGUGGCGGAGGUCAAAGCAUACACCAAACCGCCAGAUCUCGUAGUCAAAACGAUGGCAGCUGUUAUGACAGUCAUGGAAAAAUCACCCUCAUGGUCUCAGGCAAAAAUCGAACUCAACGACCCCAGCUUCUUGACAAGGGUUAAAAACUUCGACAAGGAUUCAAUAACAAAUGCGACCUUAAAAAAGAUCGAGAAAUUCACGAAGGACCCUUCAUUUGCACCGCCAAACGUGCAGAAAGUGUCUCGCGCUGCUGGAGCCUUGUGCUUGUGGGUUCAUGCAAUGCAAAUGUACGCGGAGGUUUACCGGGAGGUGGAGCCAAAGCGUUUGAAGCUGCGCCUUGCAGAGGAAGAGCUGGAAAAGAAGCAGAGCGACCUGCGGCUUGCUCGCAAAAGCCUAGAGGACAUUCAAGGAAGACUCGAGGAACUGAAUAAUCAAUAUGACGAAAGCCUUCGCAACAAGAGUGAGCUAAACAGCUCGGCUGAGGAAUUGCGAGUAAAGCUGGAAAGAGCAGAAAGCCUGAUCACUGGUUUGGCUGACGAGAGAGAUCGGUGGGAGCUGUCCCUGGAAAGCUACAAAGAUAAGUUAGGCAACAUCCCUGGGGAUGCUCUCCUUGGAUCAGCCUUCAUGUCAUAUGCUGGCCCAUUCACAUCAUCGUACAGGUCUCAUCUUGUAAAAGAUCUUUGGAUUGGCAAAGUGCAAGCUGAGACCAUCCCCUGUAGCGCCGAUUUUGAUUUCACUGAUUUUUUCGUGACUCCUGUAGACGUUAGACAGUGGCAACUGGAUGGGCUCCCAACAGACCCGUUUUCGGCUGAAAAUGGCGUGUUAAUAACAAAGGCUUCGAAGUGGCCUUUGAUUAUUGACCCUCAAAAUCAAGCUAAUCGCUGGAUUAGGAAGCUGAAGUCUUCACAGAUCACGGUGGUCGACCCCGAGUCAAAUUCACUCCUGCGAAUUCUCCAUCUUUCAGUACAAACAGGACGAUGCGUAUUGCUUGAGCGCCUGCAAACCCAAAUUGACCCAUCUCUUGAGCCCAUCAUUACUAAGAACAUUGUGGAUGUCAACGGGAAGCGGCUCAUUAGCAUUGGUGGGGAAAUAAGCAGGGCGGUUCGGGAGCUGUCUAAACGUAUGGACACGCUAAACCCUAAGCCCUUUAGAAGUGGAAAACUGCCAUGCGUUGUGCGGUCCCUUAAUACAGGAGAACAGCUUGUGCCUUUUGAUGACAGCUUUUCGCUUUGGAUGACGACGAAAAUCGGGAAUCCCUUGUUUCCUCCUGAGAUAGAGGCUGAAGUCACACUAAUUAACUUUGUUAUAAUGCAGGAUGGGCUCACAGAGCAGUUGUUGGGAAUCGUCGUCAUGAAGGAAGAGCCAAGUCUAGAGGCACAUAAGCACACCCUAGUAUUAAGGCUUGCUGAAGGGCAGAAACGGUUGCAAGACAUUGAGGACCAAAUUUUAAGGCUGCUAACCGAUGCAAGAGGCUGUCUUCUGGAUGAUCUCGAGCUGAUUCGAGUGCUUCAGGAUUCAAAACGCGUCGCAGGGGAAGUUAGUUCCCAAAUUGAAGUUUCCGAACGCACUAUGAGGAAGAUUGAUCAAGCGAGGGAGGCGUACCGGCCGUGCGGUCACCGAGCAUCAGUUCUGUACUUUGUGUUACAAGAUCUGGCAAUGGCGGACUCCAUGUAUCAAUUCUCUCUUGACGCCUAUGAGGAACUGUUUGUGGAAUCAAUUCAAGGGGCGAUGGAAUCCAGUGCAAUGGCCGCCUCCGCAGAAGACCACGUCAUGACACUGAAUACAGAUCACACGCUAGCCGUGUACAAGGAGUGGCGCCGGUGGUUUGGCUCCCCAGAGCCUGAGCGAGCUGCACUGCCCGGUGACUGGCAAAAUAGACUGGACGCUCUCCAGAGGCUAAUUGUCAUUAGGUGUCUUCGUCCGGACAGAAUAAUCCCUGCGUCGUCUCGGUUCGUCACCGAGUCUAUGGACUCUAAGUCGACGAAAAUAUGUAUAGAAAGACCGCGUGGAUUGAAAGCCAAUCUCCAGCGCUUGUUGCAACACCGCACCGAGGAUGACAUGCAGCGCUUGGCUGCAGGCGAGGAACGCUACAAGCGGCUUUUCUUCUCCCUAUGCUGGCUGCACUCUUUACUUAUCGAAAGAGGGAAAUUCCACAAUUUCGGGUGGAACACACCUACCAGUUUCAGCGACAGCGACUUCUUCGUGGGGGACAGCCUUCUUGCCACUUACUGUGAACAGGUGGCACUCGAAAUAAAUGGACACGCAUGCUUGAUUGUAGCCACCCCUCGAAUGAACGGGGGUCGCACAUGUUUGCUAACAUCACACACAGAAAUUGAAAUCGCGGGCCUCCGGCAGUACGUUCGCGAGCUGCCAGCAAUAGAUCCACCCGAGCUAUUUGGUCAGCAUGUUAAUGCCGAAAUCCAGUCGCAGAUAGAAGAGGCCGAAGAACUUUUCGCAACUCUCCUGAGUAUCCAACUCCCAGGGGCUGAUCUCAGCGACACUGGAGACGCUGAAUCCCGAGAAUCUAGGGUAUUGCGGUGUUGUGAUAACCUCGAAAACGUACUUCCCAACCAUAUAGACAUUGCAAGGAUGGAACAAGCAACGCUUGAAGACAUGUCGCCUCUACGGGUCGUAAUGAUACAGGAAGCUCAGCGUCUCAACAGGCUUCUAACGUGCGUCACAGAGACGGAGGGACCGCCCAAGGCUUUCUGGUUAGGGGGGUUAACGUACCCAAGCGCCUUCUUGACGGCGCUUUUGCAGCAAUUCGCCAGACGGAAUUCAAUAUCAGUUGAUACCAUUAGCUUCGAAUUCAUAGCACUGACUACAUACGACGAAAACACAAUUGCGUCAGCGCCACGGGACGGGGCAUACGUAAAACGGCUGUAUCUCGAAGGCGCGUCAUGGAAUGUUGAUGGCAUGUCUCUUCGGGAACCGGAGCCCAUGCAACUCAUCUGCGAAAUGCCAGUUGUCCACUUCAAGCCAGUAGCCCGCAGACGCGCUCCUUUAGAUAUGCCUUAUAUGUGUCCUAUUUAUCAAUACCCCUGCCGUACAGGGAGCAAUGGUAGGCCAUCCCUGGUAACUAUGCAAGAAAUAAGGAGCGGAACGCAAGAUCCUUCCUUUUGGAUAAAGCGAGGCACUGCCAUCUUGCUAUCUACAGCUUCGUAA